GAGAAAAAGAGGAAAAAAAAAGUUUGCAGGAGAGUGUGAAUUUUACUCAAAUCGUGCUGAAAUGGCUGCCGAGCAUACAUUUUUUGGCACCUGGGAGAUAAUGGAAUGCUCCAUUUCGGGGACACCGGACUCAUUGGGGCUCAAAGGAGUGAAAUUUCGACUGGAUGAAAUGGGAGACAUUACGUGGUACAGUGACGUCGUACAUCCCAUUGAUGGGGGUCAAUUGGCAGCAGAGGAGCGUGACACGGAGUUCGUGGCGAUUCGCAAUGAAUUCACGGAGAUUCUCUUCAGUUGUGAGACAUUUGAAGUUGUGGAGCUUCUUUCCAAUGGCCCAGGAUUGACCUUUGGUGCCUAUGCGGGGCACAAUAUUGAAUUUAAAACCACCACAUUUACCCCAAUGGACAUGAUGGUGCUCAAUUGCGAGGGAUGGUGCUUCCUUUCGUGCCGACGGAUGCGUGAGGAUCAAACAAUUGUCCAGGAUUGUCCCUUUUCACUCCUUUCAGCCCUACAGGAGGGAUACUUUGCAGAUGUAAUCAUCAAAAGCUCCGAAGGACUCUAUUUUGAAGCUCACUCAGCUGUUCUUCGACUAUCUGGCUUUGAUUGCAGCAUGAACUACCCAAAUCAGGGAUCACCUCUACCCCAAGCUGAUUCCCCGAGUGCAGUACCGAGAGCUCCGCAGGAAGCUUCCAAUGCUGGCAAAGCACCCACAAGUCACUACCUCCUUCCACCGUCAAAUAUUCUCAGUGCUAAAUCCAUGUCGGGGUCAUUUAAUUGCCUAACAGUGACGGUAUCGUCACCACGUGAAUCUCUCCUGGCGCUGCACAAUCAACAAUCAUCCUCAGAUUCGGAUUUACGACUUGCAAGCCCAAAGGAGAUUUUUACCUUUUCCGGGGCAUUCCCACUCACCCCCACCGAAUCUCCCAUUAACCGUAGAGCAUGCCCAUCGCCGCGUUUUCGAUGCUCAUCCCCCUUCUCACCAUCAUGCCUCGAUACACCACCCACGUCUCCGCUCACACCCAUCUCGGUGCUGUACAAUCUACCCCAUACGAUGCUCGUACCCAUCUUCCACUGGCUCUACUCCGAGAGUCUUCCGGCAAAUCUCAAGGAGGACGUCUGUGAGGAACUAAUGAAGUUUGCUGAAGUUACAGCACCACUCAGCAAAUUGGUUGAAGCUUGCCGGAAAUAUGGGCGGAAUGUGCGACUCAAGAAAUUCAUCGUGAACCUAACAAUGGACAUUCACAUGUCCCUCAAUCACAUUAUUCAAUCCAUAAAUCCUCAUACCAUUUCACGUCAUCCCGAAGUGCUCUGUUCUGUCUUCAAGCACAGCGUCAAGGAAACUGCAAUUGGUUGUGCAAAGAUUCUUCAAUUCUGCAAUAUUUUCGUGAAAGACGCCACAAAUAUUUCGCGGCAGCAACGGCAUGAGAUUAUCAAGUUUGCCCGAUCACGAAUGCCAAUCUUUGUCUCACAAAUUCAUCAACUUCUCAAGAAUAUCUACGAAGUACUCUCCCGGAUGACGCCAGAGAAGAAGAAUGAAUUAGCCACAUUUCUUGUGCCUCACAUUGAGAUUACAUUCGAUAGGAUGACAAAUCUCAUUGGGGACAUUAAAGUUUCCCUGGAAAAGAUGUAUGAUCUAAAAUCAGCACAAGCUGGUCCCCAAGGAGAUGUGCAAAAGGGUCAACCGCAGGGACAGGAUCGAAAUUCACAACAGAGCGAAAUUGGCUGCCAGGGUCAUGGAGGGACAUUCCACAACAGGUAUUCCGGGUCAGAGAAUGAUCUCACCUUUGUACUCUACAUGUAUGAAUUGCGCAAAAUGCGUGACAUCUACGGACGUGUGCAAUCAGCAAUGGAGAUUGUGCAGCAGAAUAGGAAUACCUUUGUGGAGAUGGCAACAGAUGAGAAAGAGAGGACAAUUAGACGGAAUUUAGAUCAAUUAAUCGUGGAGCUUCCUUCAUAUAUUGGGCGCAUUGAGAAACUUUCUGACAAUCUCGAUGGGAAUAUUGGAUGGAAGGAAUUUAAAUUUUGCUUCAAGUUGGCAACUGGACAAGUGAAUGGUGUUAUUUCCAAACUGUUGGAGCAUAAAACUGCCUUAAAGACACCACUUGUGCGGAUUUGUGAGCUGGUUGGAAGAGAGGACUUCCGACAGGCAAUGGUGGAAUUGCAUCUAAUUGGUGAGGAUGUAGCUGUGCGUACAUCAGCUGAAUGUGACACUGAGAGGAAUCAUCAAAUUGAAUAUAGUGGCAUAAAGUUGAAUCUCACACGACACAUUUGCAAUCCUCCGGCUAUUGUUAACAGCACCCUGUCCAAGAGUGCUCUACGCCUUUUGCACUCAAGCCAUUUGUCUGAUAUGGAAUUCGAGGUGAUUGUGCCUUCAGGUGGGGCAUCACAGCAGAUGCACGGAAAAGUGGAUCGUCUGGCAAAGACAACGGUGCAUGUCUUCAAGGCGCAUCGGGUUAUUGUUGCUGCCAGGUGUGAAUGGUUCAGGAAGGCCCUUCUCUCCGGCAUGAAGGAGGAUAUUCAUCGAAAAAUUACUAUUCAUGAUACAUCACCUGUGAUAUUUCGCCGAUUACUUUUAUACUUGUACGGUGCUCCAAUUGACAAGACAGUGGGUGCUGAGCAACUGUGUGAAUUAAUGCUCCUUGCCGAUCGAUAUUCAAUCGAUGAAUUGAAGGAUAUUUGUGAGCACACACUGAGAUCCCAAAUUGACGAGGAAUCCGUCAUACUCCUCCUCAGUAUUGCUGAUCGCUUCAAUACAGCCAUCCUCAAGGCAAAUUGCUUAUCCUUCAUUUCCAGUCAUUCACAUCUUACGCAUUUGGAUAUUUUUGCUGAACUUCCGGAAGCACUCCAGAAUGAAGUCAUUGAACUGCUUCAGUGGUGCGAUAGAACACCCGAACCGUGGAAUCACAAUCUGGAUAUUAAUGGGAUGGUAUUGACAAAUCCUGAAAAUUCCCGAAAAUCACCUCAACAAUUUAUGUGACAAAUUUUAACUUCCUCACACUUCCCAUCCCAGCGUUUUCCCUUCCUCUUCCGUCUCCUCGCGUCGACUGUUGAGCAUUCUUUCUGGUAAAAAAAAUUAAUUAAAAAAAAAAACAAUAGAAAAUACCGAAGGUACUUAAUAAAUUUUCCUUUUAAAUAACAAAAAGAAAUUUAAAAAUUUUAUUGCAAAUUAUUGAGUAAAAAAAAACCCAAAAAAAUGUGCUGAAUGAAGGAAUGCUCUAAAAAAUCCAAAAAAUUAAAAUUCAAAGUCAACAAAAAAAAGUAUUUUUAUAAAGAGAAUUUGUGGUGGAAGUUCUUUAAAAGAAGAAAAAAAUAGUAAAAAAAAAUCAUAGUGUCAAAUGUUGGAAAAUCUUUUUUUAAUUAUAUAAAAUUUAUUCUUCAUUGAGUGGAUUAAUAAAUAAAUGGAAAUUUUAAUGGGAAA